CAAAUUCUUUAUACCACUAUGGCAUACCGAUGUGACCUGUGCAACAAGGAGUUUCACUCUACGUCCAGUCAUAAGAGGCACAUGAAAACCCACACAGGAGAGAAACCCUUCGACUGUACAAUCUGCAACAAGCAAUUUAGGAUGUCUGCGCAUUUGCGCAAACACCUCCGAACACACACAGGCGAGAAACCCUUUGAGUGUACAAUCUGCAACAAGCAAUUUAAACAGCCUUCGACUUUGCGCACACAUCUCCGAAUAACCCACACUGGAGAGAAGCCUUAUGAGUGUGCAGUCUGCAGCAAGAACUUUUCGAUUUUACAACAUUUGCGCAUUCACCUCCGGGCACACACAGGAGAGAAGCCAUACGAGUGUACAAUCUGCAAUCAAAAAUUUGCACAACAGUCCCUGGUGAACCGGCAUCUGCGGACCCACACAGGAGAGAAACCCUUUGAGUGUACAAUCUGCGAAAAGAAAUUUGCUCGAGCGGACCACUUGGGCUUACAUCUCCUCACCCACACAGGAGAGACGCCUUUUGAGUGUUCAAUCUGCAACAAGAAAUUUACGCAGUCUUCGAAUUUGCGCACACACCUCCGAACACACACAGGAGAGAAGCCCCUCGAAUGUACACUCUGCAACAAGAAAUUUACGCAGUCUUCGGGUUUGCGUGACCACCUCCGAACCCACACGGGGGAGAAGUCCUUCGAGUGUACACUCUGCAACAAAAAAUUUGCACGUGAGAAGACCAUGAACCUGCAUCUCUGGACCCACACGGGAGAGACGCCGUUUGAGUGUACAAUCUGUAACAAGAAAUUUGCACAUGCUGACAAUCUGCGCAAACACCUCCGGACCCACACAGAAGAGAAACCAUUUGAGUGUACAAUAUGCAACAAGAAAUUUGCGCAAGCUAAGAAUCUGCGCAGACACCUCCGUAUCCACACAGGAGAGAAACCCUUCGAGUGUACAAUAUGCAACAAGAAAUUUACCCAACAGAGCAACUUGGGCGCACAUCACCCGACGCACACGGGAGAGGUGCCCUUCAAGUGUACGGUCUGCAACAAGGAAUUUGCACGUGCGGGCAAUAUCCUCGAACACCUCCGGAAACACGUAUGA